AGCUUCUCGACGUGUCUUUCGAUGCUUGUUCCAGUAUGCCGGACUCUCCCACCCGCAAACGUGUGAACGAUGAGCACUUCCUUGCGCCCAAGUCAGUCUUACGGAUACGCAAUGCGUAAAUGGCGGCAAGGCCACCGCAAACAUGAGCUUCUACGACCUUAAUGUACCAUUUUCCGCAAACGACCAGCAAUUGCCAAGAACCGUAGCUUUUCUGCAUGAGCUCGGUUACAAUGUCAUCGCACUCAACCACAUCGUAACCGGGAAACUGCCAGCGCAGAUUAGUUGCGCAAUACCUGAUCCGCUACCCUUCAAAGACCUGCCGAAAAAGAUCGAUAUACGACGGCGAGUAACCCUGACACUGACCGAGUCAUACCAAAACGCGCGCCUUGCAGAGUUGGCACGCGCUUACGAUGUCCUGGCCGUCCGUCCCAUCGACGAGCGCACACUGCAGCUCGCGUGCAGCAGUCUGGACUGUGAUGUCAUUAGCCUUGACAUGACUCAGCGCCUGCCAUACUACUUCAAGUACAAGAUGCUCUCAGAAGCCAUAAAGAGCGGGAAGCGCUUCGAAAUCUGCUACAGCCAGGGCGUCUUGGGCGACAGCUCGGCGAGGCGCAAUCUAAUCAGUAACGCUACCCAGCUCAUACGAGCCAGCAGAGGCAGAGGCCUCAUCAUUAGCUCCGAGGCAAAGGCAGCGGUCGGAUGUCGCGGACCAUGGGACGCAAUCAAUCUGGCAACAGUCUGGGGUCUUGGUCAAGAACGCGGCUUUGAAGCGAUGAGCAAAGAGCCGCGUAGUGUUGUGGUGACCGCGCAGCUGAAGCGAACGAGUUACAGAGGCGUCAUUGACGUCGUGUAUGGUGGCGAAAAGCCGGCAUCUACUAACCCAACCCAGCAGGCGAGCGGUGUUGGCAGCUUGAAGGCCAAGGGCCAAGCGUCUGCUGUUAGCGGUCAGAAACGAAAGGCGGAAGACGAUACUGAGGGUGGAGCUGAAUUGGUGGACAAGCCGAUCAGCAAGCGUGAAGCGAAGCGGAGGGCGAGACAGGCUCGAUUAAGCGCUGGAGGCACUGGUGGGAUGGUACAGCCCGAAGUGGCUGUGGACGCGCCAAGCUCGAAUGCAGUAAAGGGUGCGGCCGUGACGCCGAAAGAUGCACUCCCUGCCUAAAGUAUGUUAGUCUUCAAGAGCAAUCAUAUAGUAUCAAGCGAUGCUACUCUCUUGCAAACUAGGAAGGCACGUAGAAGCAGCGCGAUCACUGUGGCUACUUCGACGACAAACCACCCACGCGGGGACAGGACCCUUGUAAUAGACGGAUUCACCCGCUCCGAA